GUUGUUUGGCACUGAUUCACGUGACUGUCGCUACAAAACGCCGGUCAACAAACGCGCUAACUUCAGUUGUAAUAAUCUUCCGGUUGCGCUGGUUAGAAAGACGCGCUCUACCUAUAAUAUUGUUCAGUUUGUUUAUUUACAUCGUUUUGUGGUUUGACUGUGUCAGUAGUGGCAACGAUUUUCAAAGACAAUUACAGGAAAAGGGUUAAAGAUGCCUGUCAACAAGAACGAGCUCAGAAUAAAUGUGAGUGCCCACCAAAAAUCAGACCGCGAUGUUCAAGGAGCAGGUGGAGGGGGUCCACCAGGUACUUACCUCUCUUACGAGAACUCAGCACUUAACGCUUCAUCUGAUACCAUCAACUACAAUAGAAAUAGGAAUGACUCAGCUUAUUUAGGAAGUAAUGAUUUUAUUGUGAUAGAUAAUACCAAAAAACACUCAACCUUCGCGGAAUCGAUCAAGUCUGCGAUACCCUGGGCCCAGAAAAAGUUAAGGAGUUCGUGCUCGAAAAAGAAGCUCUACAGGAGGGUCCCCGUGCUAAACUGGCUGCCAAGGUACAAUUCGGAAAACGCGGUAGGAGAUCUGGUAGCUGGCAUUACCGUUGGUCUUACUGUGAUACCUCAAGCCUUGGCCUACUCCAAUAUAGCAGGGCUCUCUACCGUCUAUGGACUGUACAGCUCUUUUCUGGGUCCCAUAGUGUAUAUUUUCAUAGGAAGCUGUAAAGACGUACCCGUAGGUCCAUCAGCCAUAUCGGCCUUAAUGACAUACCAAGCUACCAAAGGUUUAGGUCCAGAAUAUGCCAUAUUAUUAACGUUUUUGACGGGCAUUGUCCUCCUUUUGAUGGGAUUAUUUGGAUUAGGGUUCCUUAUAGAUUUCGUGUCCGGACCAGUUUCUUCCGGAUUCACAUCUGCGGUAGCACUCAUUAUCGUCACAUCACAAGUAAAGGAUGUCCUGGGUAUCCACGCCAGCGGGAAUACGUUCGUGGAAACCUGGAAGAGUAUAUUCGAAGAUAUACAUCACACGCAAGGGUGGGAUGCUAUGUUAGGUGUUGUCUGUAUAGCCGUGCUUCUUAUAUUAAGGAUAAUCGGUUCUCUAAAACUCUCUUCCCGUGAAAAUGAGCAACCAACCACUUUCCAGAAACUAGUUAAUAGAUUCCUAUGGCUCAUUGGCACCGCCAGAAACGCCAUCCUGGUUAUCGUAUGCGGGUUUAUAGGCUAUUCCUUCUGUCUGAACGGAGAACCUCCCUUCAAAGUCAUAGGACACGUACCUCAAGGAUUACCAACAGUUGUACCGCCACCUUUUAGUUACCAUAGAAACAUUAAUGGGACGGUUACUAAUGAUAGUUUCACUGAUAUGAUCACUAAAUUGGGUAGCGCCAUCAUUGUGGUCCCACUGAUUGCUAUAUUGGAGAAUAUUGCCGUUUGUAAAGCCUUUGCUAAUGGGAAAGUGGUGGACUCAACACAAGAAUUCAUCGCUGUAGGAAUUUGCAACAUCUUCAAUUCAUUCGUUCAGGCGUUUCCUUCUACAGGAUCGCUAUCCAGAAGUGCUGUUAAUAAUUCCAGUGGGGUUCGCACACCAUUGGGAGGACUCUACACUGGGAUUCUUGUGAUUUUAGCUCUCCUGUUCUUUACUCCAUACUUCUAUUACAUACCAAAGGCCACGCUAGCUGGUGUCAUCAUUGCAGCCGUCAUCUUCAUGGUGGAAGUGAAAGUUGUUAAGCCUAUGUGGAGGUCCAAAAAAAGUGACCUGGUACUUGGAUUUGCUACCUUCAUAGCUUGCUUGGUACUUGCCCUGGAGAUUGGUAUUUUAGUCGGUAUAGGAAUUAACUUACUGUUCAUUCUGUACCACGCUGCCAGGCCCAAAAUUACUGUUGAAAAGCUUUUGUCGAAUGAAAGCAACGAAUACUUGAUGCUCACCCCAGACCGCUGCUUGAUCUUCCCCUCCGUCGACUACGUCAGGAAUCUAGUAACCAAGCACAGUCUUCGGCAAGGUAUCCCUGUGGUGAUCGACUGCUCGCAUAUCUACGGUGCCGAUUACACAGCUGCCACAGUCAUCGAGAUUCUCACCCAGGACUUCGCAGCCCGAGACCAGGCUCUUUUCUUCUUCAAUUUGAAGCCUUCGGUGUGCUCUGUAUUCGAAGGAGUCGAACCAAAAGACUUUGUGGUGUUUUACAAUGAAGAUCAAAUCGAUCAGUUGCUCAAAGAUAGGUCUUACGUCAAAAAAGAGAAAGAGGUGAUAAGUGUGUAAGGAUAGACAGAUGUCUAAGAUUUGACUCAGAAUUUUGACCGACUCUAUAGAUUUCACUGUUUCAGUACACCUACUUUAGCUAUGGACAUAUGUGUAUCAUAUGAGAAUUUUGAUACACAACGAUUUAAAGUCGAAUAUAGUUCCCAAUUUAAGUCUCACCUUAAGAGAAGAAUGUUAGGGACUAACAUUAUAAUUCAAGACUCUGUGGAAUAACGGUAACUGAUCUAAAAUAGCAGUUGAAUACGAUUGCUGAACUGAUCCAAUUUCUAAGAUAAGAAUAUAUGUAUAUGACCAUCAUCGUCAGUCCGCUUUAAUCCACUGCAGGAUAUAGGUCUUCCCUGUUUGUAUUUACGGUGUACGGUCUUAUGCAGUAUGGAUCCAGUUUUUCGUUCAUCUUUCGUAGAUCAUCUUGGCAUCGAGCAGGUCGUCCUCCUUAUCUGUUCUUGGUCUCCAUUUGGUUAACUCCAUACUCCAUCCUUGCCACGUGGCCUGCUCAUCUCCAUUUCAAUCAACAAGCUCUUUCCACAAUAUUUGGAAUUCUGGUUCUAUUUUCGUUUGUGAUCUUAUCUUCAUUUUAACAAGAAGUAACCUCAACGAUGGUCAACAGUUUUCUUAUUGAUAGUUUUAGGAUCUCUUCUGGUUCAAACCACAGGUAACCAGUGAAUUCCUGCCUCACAUCAUUUAGCACAUUGCAGUGGAUUAGGAUGUGUACGGAAGUAUCUUCUUCCAUUUCGCACUUUCUGCACCAUGGUUCAUUUACCUUACUAUGAGGCCUGCUAGGUCUAUAGAAUCAAAACCGGCUAGAUCCAUGUUUUUAAAUUUUGUCAGGAGGCUAAAAAAACAUUAAAAAUGUAAGUUUUCCAAAAAAUGUCCUGCAUUUCUCAAUAAUAAUGGCAUCAAUAAAUAUCAUAAAUUUGCACAUUAAUUUGUCAUUUUUCUGCAUGCCCCUUAUAAACCAGGAAGGAUCAGUUUUUAGGUGGAUGUGAGAGGUGGUAUUCGGAUUUUUGCUGAUAAAGUUAGGUGAUAACUUCGUUAAUAAUAAUUGACUUAUGCUCCUUCUCAAAUAUGCCCGGAACAUUAAUAAAAAAAAUAAAAUAUUUAAAAAUUUCAAAAAAUUUCGUUUUUUUUUUCUACUUUCUUUGCUUAUAACUUUAAAACGAUUCAUUUUGGAACAAAGUCGUAUAAGAAUAAAACAAAGAUAAUUAAAUUUUCUAUCAGAUACAAUUGGUUAAAAAUGUCUUAAUUUAACACCCUCGCUGCAAAAUAGCAAUAAAUAUAAAAUAAGGGAGCAAAACAAGUCUGUCCUUAUUCAAUGUUUUCCAUCACUUAGGUUACACUUGGAACCUUCCUAAUUCGCUUAGAAAAUUUUUGUAAUGUGCUAAAACCGUCCACCAAAUUUCAUUAAAAUUGACGGACUAGAUUUUGCAUAAUAAUAAAUCUUGCACAACAAAAACUAGAACAUACAAAGAUUUGUAAAUUUUUUUACAUAUAAAGAAGCACUCCAGCUAUCUAAUGCACUUUACAGAAUUGAAAUCGGAUUAUUUAAGCAGCCCCAGCAAUGUUUUAAAGUUAUAAACAAUUUUUUGGCUUAUAAACAAAUUAGUGCUGUGUCCAGGAGGGGGUGCUACGGGCUCCUUUAUUUAGAUGGACUUACCCAAGUUUUUUUUAUGUAUUUUGACCCGUAGAACACGAUUUUUUUGGGUAACAGUUGAUCCGUAUGUCGAUAAGAUUGUUAUAAGCAAAGAACUUGAGGAAUUACAUAACAUCGAUUUUUCGCAAAGUAUUUCUUGGGUAAUUCUAAGUAAAAAAUAAUUCUUACAAGUUUUUUCGUAGGAUGCAUAGUUUUCGAGAUAAACGCGGUGGAACAUUAAAAAAAUCGAAAAAUUGCAAUUUUUGAACGAGAAUAACUUUUGAUUAAAAAAUAAAAUAGCAAUUCUGCUGAGAGCAUUUGAAAGUUUAAGUCAAAUUAUACCGGUUUUAAUUAUUUGCAUUGCUAAAAAUUAUUCUUUUUAUUAUUAAACAAAGCUAUUUAUUUAUAAGCCAAAAAAUUGUUUAUAAUUUUAAAGCAUUGCUGAGGCCCUAUAAAUAAUCCGAUUUUAAUUCUGUAAAGUGUAUUAGAUAGGUAGAGCACCUCUUUAUAUGUAAAAAGUUAGCCAACUUCUAAAUGGUCUACUUUUUGUUCAGAAAGAUUUUAAAAAAUUUGAACUUUUUUAAAAACAUUUAUGUUGCAAAUUUAUUAUGCAAAAUCUAUUAAGUCGAUUUUAAUGAAAUUUGGUAGACCAUUUAAGUAAGUUAUAAGAAUUUUCUAAGCGAAUUACUAAGGUUCUAAGUGCCACCAAAGUGGUUAAGAAACAUUGAAUAACAACAGGCGUAUUUUGCCCCCUUAUUUUGUAUUUAUUGCUAUAUUGCUGAAAAGGUAAUACCUUAAGACAUUUUUGACCUGUCGUUUAUCAUACAAAAUUCAAUUAUCUUUAUUUUAUUUCUCUACGACUUUGUUCCAAAACGAAUCGUUUUAAAGUUAUAAGCAAAGAAAGCAGAAAAAAAUCGAUGUUUUUCGAAAUUUCUAAAUAUUUUAAUGUUUUUUUAUUAAUGUUCCGGGCAUAUUUGAGAAGGAGCAUAAGUCAAUUAUUAUUACUGAAGGUGUCGCCUAAGUUUAUCUGCAAAAAUUCGAAUGCCACCUCUCACAUCCAAAAAUACACGUUUUUUUACAGAUUAGUCCUGGUCUAUUACGUCUUCAGAAAUUUGUACUUUUAGUUUGAAUUUGCAGAACGAAAAAUUUCGGAUUUGGCAGGUUUUGAUUCUGAUGGGCUCACUUAGAGAGUUUUUUCUCAAAAUUCUUGAUUAUUUUUGAGCCUGGAUUUGCCCUUGAGUGGCUCUAAAUGUCUUUUGAUGAUUCUUUAUCAGCCGUUUCUGGAUCUCGUUUUUCGUGGCAUCCUUAGUGAUGCCACAGAAAGGUUCUACACCUACAAAGGUUUCUCUCGAACCUUGUUUUGGCAAUAGAUCUGCUUGUUCCAUUGAUGCCAUUAUUCCAUGUUUGUCCAUAUACAUAGCAUCUGAUAUUUGUAGGUGCUAAAAACAUUGAGGAGCGAAUUUUAGAAGUCGGUCAAUUAUAAAGGAAGAUAGUAAGACCUAUCUUAGCAAUACCAGUAAAUAUUACAGGUUAAGAAUACGCGUCAUUCAUCCUUCAUAUUUUGUGUCUUCACUCAUUGCCUAACUUUCAUAUUUAUUUAUAAAAAAAUCCUACCAGACGCCUCUUCUUGCUACGUUACUUAAAAUCAGUAUUGUUUUAUUUAUCUUUUCUACUAUAUAAUAAUUUUAUUGUAGAUUUUAGUACUUAGUCCUCCAAUUUCGUUUGGAACUAGUAUCAUAACAAAUAACUUAUUUUUCUAGAUGUACGUGGUUUUUAGAAUAUAUUUUUUAUUUAUAAUUUAUAAUUUUUUUAUGUAAAAUUGUAUAAGUCGGUUUAAAUGUAUUUUGGAGAAUAUUACAUCCAUUUUAUACAGCAGGUUUGUAACAUUUUAGAUAGGUACCUAGGUACAUUUUUACAGUUUUAUUUUUAAUAGUAAUUCAAUCAAUAUUAGUUUUAGCCAUUCAACUUAUAUACAAGCAAAGAACUUGGGACACAACUAGGAUACUUUGUUUCACUGUGCCUCGGGAAAAGCCUGGAAAUUAUUUUCAUUAUUGUAGGUCCACCGCUAGAGGGCGUAAUUAAAUAUCAACUACAGGUUUUAUUAAGGUCGUAUCUAGGUUCAUCUUUGUUCUCUUAUUUAGAGUCUUGCUUCUCAGCAGAUUUCUAUUAAUUCCAUAUGUUUUUUUGCUUUUCAGAAUUCUUUUCUCUGUUCUCUCAUUUCCGGUUUUUCCUAUUGUUACUCCCAAGUAGCUAAACGUGCAUACAGUUUCAAAUUUAUGGUUCUGUGUUAUUAGAUAUUUCUGAGUUGUGUUGUGUCUUCCUUCCCUAUCUUCAUGUAUUUUGUAUCUCUAGCCCUAUCCUAUUCGCUUCCAUAUCUAAUUUUUCAAAUGCUUUUAUAAGUGUCAUCUUCGUCUUCGUUAUGAUGACUUUUGUUUGCAAAGUUUGUCCUCCUUAUUUUUUCUUCCAACAUAUGGUUAAAUAGUGUCAGUGAGAUAGAGUCACCUUGUUUCUCCUUAUAUACUAUAAAAAUGCUAAAACUAUAUCUUUACCGCUAAAACUAUACCGUAAAAAUGUUAAAAUUGUGUUUUAUUCCUCAUUAUGCUUCAAUUGACUUGCAAUAAAUUUAUGGUAAAUUUUUAAAAUGUGUUUUAAGUUAUUUUUUGUAUUGUUUUAAAUUAUAGUUAAAAUCGCAAUGCUAUAAGGCCACUUACGUAUUUUUCUUUUUCUAGUAUUUAAUUAUUUAUGAACCAUCUACUCAUAUUGAGAUAAAAUGUAAAAAUGUCAGUGUUUUUAUUUACUUUUUAGCUUGUUCCAUUGUAUUCUGACCUCAUGAAUCAACUCCUAGUAGUUAGACUGUGAUAUUAAAAUAUUUUCACAAA